AUGGACUACAUUGCUCAGCUUCCAGAUUCAAUUGUUUACCAUAUCUUAGAGAGGGUGCCUAUUGAUCAAAUGGUGCAAACCUCUACGCUUUCAAAAGCAUGGAGGUACAAGUGGGCCGAGAAUCCACACAUAAUUCUCACCACGAGAACAUUGCCAUUUCUUGAUAAUGGAAGGAUAAAGCGCUUCAUAGACAAGUUCAAGUAUCUUGUGGAGCUAAAUCUGUCCGAAUGUGAAGUUCCCGACCCCUCCGAGUCAUUCAAAAUGCAGUCUCUCAGAUUUCUACACUUGCAAAAUGUUCUUGUAACUGAAAAAAGCAUCAAUGCCCUCACUGGAAAAGCAUGUCAGAGAGUAGAGGAAUUAAAGUUGAUCAACGUACACGCGCAGGAAGCUUUGUUGACUCUUAUUAUCAAUCUUCCUAACCUGAAAAUUCUUAAGCUUUGA